AUGAUGCCCUCAUCGUCCUCUGCCGGCAGCUUCGGUAGCCCCGCUACCACUUGUGGCUCAAUCGGCAGAGUUCGUUCCCCUUCCAAGAUGCCUACCCUCAGCGACAUUGCAGCUCGGCUUAACCGCGAUAGAGAAUCGUCGACGUUGAACGGCAGCUCGCCCAUGAAGCAGCCGAGACUGGAGCUGACGGGGCGGAUCACGAGCUCGCCCAAGCCAGCUCAGCUAGGUGAACGUAGCAACGCUAUCAACUUCGAAUCUCCGUCCAAGACAAAUGUAGCAGAUGAUGAGAGACGGAUGUUGUCGCAUACGUCCCCGUCGAGGGUGCCGUCCUCUGGCGCAAGCUCGCCUAUAAAGCGCAUGCUCGCAAAGGGUCUACCGAGCCUGGAAGAGAUUCAAGAUCGGAUGUCUAGAAAGGGCUUGACUUCCGGAUCCAGACCUUCUUCGCCAACCAAGCCGCUUAGUUUCGAGGAUCAGGUCAAGUCAACAGAAGGCGUGAAGCCCUCCACUCCGACCCUGGCACCUCAGCCGUCGAGCGUUGAGCAAGAGACACCAGUGAUGCAAGCAGCAAAGCCUGCGCUGACUAUCUCGACAAAGAGCCCGAGUAGCGGCGCUACUGUCAAGCUCAAUCACCCUCUUCCUCCUUCUCCAGCCGCAAGACCCGCCACUCAUCCGCUGCAGCACGAAUGGACGCUCUUCUUCGACACACGUUCAGCAGCCGCUCCCUCUACGCCCACCCUUGCACCGCCAGCGAGCCCACUUGUGCAGCCCUCCACUCCGACGCAAAGUGCCUCGUCGUGGGAGGCCAAUCUGCGCUGCAUCGGCGCGUAUACAACCGUCGAGGCGUUCCUCUCUUGCUUCGCCAAGCUACGCCGACCAUCGCAACUGGAGCGUCACUCGUCCUACCACUGCUUCAAGGACGGCAUCAAGCCCAUGUGGGAAGACGCUCGCAACGCAAAUGGCGGCAAGUGGACGUUGACGUUCCGGCAGCGACAUCCAGCUCUGGUGGAUCGAAGCUGGUUGUGGUUGGUGUUGGGGCUGAUCGGAGAGGAGAUGGAUGAGGGUGACGAGGUGUGCGGAGCCGUUUGCAGUGUCAAGCCGAGAGGCGAUAGAAUUUCGCUCUGGGUGAGAGACCGUAGUGAUGUGGACAAAGUCAACCGCAUCGGCAAGAAGUUGGCUUCGCUAUUGGAGGUGGAGAAUGAGCCGGGAGUGACGUUGGAGUUCAGCGCUCAUUCGGAUCGAUCCGAGCAGAAGCUGGAGGGUUUGUACAGCUUGCAGAACCCCACGCAGAUGGUGAGGACUCCGACGAUGGGGUCCGUUGGUGACAAGCCGAUGCUCAGCCCCGGCGUAGGAACGAGGUCCGGAACCAGUCCCACUUCUCCUCAGACCAGAACAUUCGGCCGCCAAUCGAUCAGCCCUAAUCCAAGCUCUGCGGCAGAACCCUUUGCCAGACUCAACGGUCAACAGCAGAGUUCGAGCUGUGGCGGCAUGUUCAGUAGUCGCUCCCCUGCACCUCCCUCUCCUUCGACCAUGGCCCCACCAACGUCUGUUGCCGGCGGUACACUCGCAAGGCGGCGAAGGCGCUUUCAGCUGGAGAAACUCGACAGCGAGCAGGAACAGCAGCCCUCAACGUACGCAUGCAAGGGACGGUGCGAGGUCGAGGAGCACUUCGCCUUUCAAAGCCAUUGCAAUUAG